AACCCUGCAGGCACCGGAGCUCACGGUCCGGAUCCUCGUCUGGACUCCUGCUUUCUCUUCUCUUUUGUCUUGUUGUUUAUAAAUAGUCAAUAGAUAAAGAUAUCGAGAUAUCUUCAAGAGAGUCUUGUGUUUGUUGUUAUAGUCACUCUCUGAUCACCAUGGCUUGGUCUGUUUCUACCAUCUUCACCGCCGUGACGGCAGUCUUCUGGCUUCUCAACGCCAAAAACUUCCCAUUUGCCUGGCACAUCAGAUUCUACAAAUCACUCACCUACUUCCUCUACAUCCACAAACCCCGUCCCGAAGUCGCAGGCGACGUCUUCCGCAAGUCAAUCUACACCAACCGCUCGCCCGCGAUGGAGUGCGAUCUCAACGGCCACAAGUCCAACUCGACCUAUUUCAGCGACCUCGACAUCGCGCGUACGGACCUCAUGGUCGAAGUUUUCCGGAAACUGCUGCUCGACGUCAAGAAGAACGACGGGAUCUGGCUGUACAUCCCCGUCGGCGCCGUGGCGACCGUGUUUAAACGCGAAAUCAAGCCCUACAUAAAAUACCAGAUCUCGUCGCGCGUGCUGGGGUGGAACGAUAAGUGGCUGUUUGUGCUCAGCAGGUUUGAGGAUCCAAAGACGAAGAAGCUGUAUGCUUUUUCCCUCACAAAGUACGUCCUCAAGAAGGGUCGCAUCACUGUGCCUAUUCCUGAAGCGCUCAAGGCUUCUGAUCUGUGGAGUGAGGAGGUCGAGAGAAAGGGACGCGAGGGAUUGAAGUAUGCGCAGGGACUGCUUGAUCUUGAUAUGCUGGAAGAGGUUGAGAUCUAGUUCUUAUAUCAGAGGGAAUAGCUGAGGGAAUAUCAGAAGGAAAUAUCAGAAGGGGUUGAGCUUAGAUAGACUGGUUAUAGAUUAUAGACAAUUACAACUAACACAGUAUAAGCACAAUCUCUACAGUAGAAUACCUCAUCAAUU